UAGUUACACACACCAUUCAAAAUUUGUCACUUUUUGCAUUCCGUGUAUUCUGUUCUAUAUGCUUCACUACAAAACAAUACAAGUACGAGAUUCACGUGAAGGAUGAAGUGAGGGGCACCAUAUAAUAUAAGGAAAAUAAAGAGAAGGAAGAUAUUAUUCUUCCAUGGCUGAGGCUGCAGCAGGUGAACAACUUCACCGUCAGAGAAAAUUUGGUGGUGUUCUUCUCACGUGCUUCUGCGCAAGUGCAUGCAGCAAGGAACAGCUGCAAUUGGCACCUGAGGAGGAGGAUGAGAUAUCAAGUAGAAGAAGAAAUGGACCUUCCACCACCAUUAAUGAAAGGCCUCUUCUGAAAAUCGCUGAAGCGUUCAAAGAGCUAGCCAACGUUAUCAGCUCCGGCGACCGCUCUGAUGUCGAGGUUGCUGCUUUCUCACGCGCGUGUUCUUUCGUGACUCCCCUUUUUGGUAGCAUAGGCUUCAACUUCAAGUUCAUAGAGAUGGAUUAUGUUACCAAGGUUAAUGAUAUAGCAGAGGCAUCAAAGUCCUUCCUUACAUUACCAUCUAUGGUGGAUCAGGACGUGCAAACUAAUUCAGUGAGAACACAAGGGAGUCAUUCCAGAAAUCUUCUCAAAAUCAAACGAGGACUUGACUUUCUCAGGGUCCUCAUGGAGCAAGUUCUACUUACUGAGGGGAAUUCCAUCAGGGAUGCAGUUUCGAAGGCUUAUACACAAAUAUUUAAUUCACAUCAUGGUUGGGCUCUCAGAAAGGCCGUUGAUGUAAGGUUACAUUACCUCCCUACAAAGCAGCAGAUGUAUAGAAAACUUAAUGAAGAUGAGUCUGAAGCAAGGGUCCUAAUGCAAACUUACAUAUUGGCAUCCCCACCCCUACUCCGAUACAUCGAGAAGAUCUUUCUUGACAGAGAAUUGGGCAUAGAUUGGUAAACCUUGUGUUGUACUCUGUUUUAUGCAAUAUAAUCCUCUAUUGAGUUUAUGAGAGGUUCAUUGAUGUUUUACAAGAAAUAAAAUGAGAUGGUCCUAUAUGCUA